CAUGGACUAUUGAUUAUAUGUGCAGAAGUGUGUCAGUGCAGGGGACGGGUGUGUCGGUGACCGACCAGUCACAGGAGAACGGCGGCUCAACCUAUUCCUUCAGUUGGGACUCAACCAAAAUCGAUGCCAACAAGAAAAAGGAUAGGACUAAAGUACAACUGAUGCUACAAUUUCAGGGCGGACUCACGUGUAUAAUACCACUUCAGGUGAAAUUUUACAACCGGGAGGACACACAGCACCUGACUUGGGGCACACCAUUGCAUCACAUCGACUUUGAAUGCAAAGUAAAACCCGGACAGACGUACAUCGAUAUCGUUAAAACCAUUUUCAGAUGAGUUGGUCGAGCCGUCUCUCUAUCUAUCUCUCUAUUUCUAAAUCCGCUAAAGACUGCCCAGACAUUCAAAUGCCAACAAUCAGUAAAUUAUUUAUUACCAUUAAAAACAGCGACAAUUUUAUAGAUAUACAGAAUAUACAUAUUAUAUAUAUGUAUGUAUUUUAAACGAGAGACUAUUAAAAACCAAAAAUGUAUGAUAAACUGCCAAAUGAAUUGGUGUUUUGUUAAAUGACAUACAGUAUUACAAAUUACUAUCCAAACUGACCGAUACACUCAACACAGACACAACAUAAGUAUAUCUGUCCGUAAAACAUAGUCUCAGUUUAGGAUUACAGUAUUAUUACAAUAUUACACAAACGUAUGUAAAAUCUAAUUAAAUAUAGUUAGGAUCCGAUUUGUGGCUUCCCUUUUCAUAUACAGUACAAUACUGUUGGAGAAAAACCUUUUGGGCUAAUAUGUAAACGAUAAUAAUAAACAUAUAUAUAAUUUGUGAAUAAGAAACACUUUUAUAGCUUUCUAUAACAUAAUAUCUACCAUUUCUUACGUAAAAAUGCAUAUUUAAGUUAAAAGAGUAAAUCAAUUAUUGUUAUAAAUUUUAAUUCAUAGACAUUUAUUUGUAAUAGAAAUUCUCCAUUUGUGUCAAAACAUACGCGUAUUUUCAAUGAGAAAAACACUGUAUAUUGAAAUAAAUCCAUUUCUUAAAACCUGA